AACUUCUUAACACGCACCGGCCCGGCGGCGGUCCCUAGGGGGCGUUUUUACGUGUUUUUGUACUUUGUUUAACAUCAAAUAUUCAAUCAACAAUCAUAAACUUUGCAUUAUUUGAAAGUUUAAACACUCAAAAUUCAUGUUCUGAGCUUAUUUUUGCAAUCAAUACACUGGUGUGGAUAAGAUUAAAUAAAAUGCAGACGGAAUGCAUAUAAAAAAAUUUGUGGGUACUCACAUGUCUUGCCAUAUGGUUCUGAUCAUCUCUGACAAUUCCCAAAAACUUCAACGUACAUUGCAACGUAAGGGUCCACUCUUCAAAAAGCAUCCCACGUUUUAAUCCAAAACAACGAAAAAUAGUGAUAAAUCCAGCAAUACCCUCCUUUAUUUACAUCCGCGCUUCCGCUAAGUAUGAUCGAUCAUGUUUAUUUUCUAUCAAAUAUCGAGUUUUAUCAGUGAAAAUCCAUCUCUUCCUGCUUCGUUAGACUCUUCCGAUAAAUAUCCCGCCCUAUUUUUCUGUUUUGUUCAAUCAGAUAAGGUUUGACAACUCAAAAUGAAUCGGGAACACCGAUUUGCCCAGACAGAUGUCCUUCAGCUAACCAUAGGCUUUUGACUGGAUUACGCCAAAACAAAGCCAGCCAAUGCUUAGCCAGCAAAGUUUUGAUGGGCAGGGGUAGUAACCAAUCAUGAAACGAUUACAAGGAUUCAACUUACGUCAGUAAAGUGUACUUCUGCGCAAAUCUACAGAAGCGCAUGGAGAGGAAUGCCCACGCCCCCUCCCUGCGCGUUUGUUUGUUUGGGUAGCAUAGCAGCCGGCUAGGCUCUCCGGAGCCGCUGAGAAACCUCUCAAAGGUUAGAUAUAACAUCUCCAUUGUGGAUUGUCGACUGCAGAGGACUUGUUUGUGUUGAGAGUGUUUUGGAGAAGUUGAUAAAGAGCAUGAUCGCGGAGCAAAGAUACAAGAUUGGAUAUAAACAAUCCGCGUCGUCGACGAGAGAUGGACCGGACUAUGAGCUCAGCUGCGCUCGCUUGGAUAAAGUCUUCAGCUGACAUCCAGAGGAGGACUGGAAUCUGGAGUGCAUUCAUGAGCGACCACAUUCAAAAUAUUUGAUUCAUGAAAAAUCUCCUGAAUCCAGCUGUGUGUCCAUGAAGAGUGAUGAUUCAAUGGGUCACCCAAUUAACUUCAGCUUAGGAGACAUGAGUAAAAGGAGAGUUGGAUCAACAUCUUUCAACAAGAAGCAAAUGGAUUCUGUUUUCCAGGAACUUGAGAAUAAAAUCAUCUCUCUGAUAAGAAGUGAGCUGAAGAUCUUCAAGAGACUACUAAGUCCAGAUGAUCCAGCAAGCUCUGAGAGAGAAGAGGAAGAUGAUAAAUAUCUGAGCAGAGUCAGAGAGGGGCUUCUGAAAAUCACACUCCACGUCCUAAAGAAGAUGAAGCACACAGACCUUGCUAAUGAACUACAGACCAAACUUGCUCCUUUGUGUUUAAAAAAACAUAAAUCCAGGUUAAAAAAGAAAUUCCAGAGAAUUAAUGAAGGAAUAUCAAAACAUGGAAGCUCAACACUUAUGAAUGAGAUCUACACAGAGCUUUACAUCACAGAGGGAGGGAGUGGAGAGAUCAAUAAUGAACAUGAGGUGAGACAGAUUGAGACAACAUCCAGAAGAUCAGAGACAGAAGAAACACCAAUCAAAUGUAAUGACAUCUUUAGAGCUUUACCUGGACAAGACAAACCUAUCAGAACUGUACUGACUAAAGGAGUCGCUGGAAUUGGAAAAACCGUCUCUGUACAGAAGUUCAUACUGGACUGGGCUGAAGAGAAAGCUAAUCAGGAUCUUCAUUUCAUAUUUCCACUUCCUUUCAGAGAGCUGAAUCUGAUAAAACAAGAAAAUAUCAAUCUGAUGGAUCUUCUUCAUCAGUUUUUCAAAGAUACAAAAGAACUGAGAUCAACAGACUUUGAUGACUACAAGGUUUUGUUUAUCUUUGAUGGUCUGGAUGAGUGUCGACUUCCUCUUGAUUUCUCAAACAAUCAGAGUUUGUUUGAUGUAGAUGAAUCAGCAUCAGUGGAUGUGCUGCUGACAAACCUCAUCAAGGGGAAUCUGCUUCCUUCUGCUUUGAUCUGGAUAACAUCACGACCAGCAGCAGCCAAUCAGAUUCCUCAUGAGUGUAUUGACCAGAUCACAGAUGUACGAGGUUUCAAUGAUCCUCAGAAGGACGAGUAUUUCAGGAAGAGAAUAAAUGAUAAAAGUCUGGCCAACAGAAUCCUCACACACAUUAAAUCAUCCAGAAGUCUGUACAUCAUGUGUCACAUCCCAGUCUUCUGUUGGAUUACAGCCACUGUUCUAGAGAGAAUAUUGAGUGAAUCACAGAGUAAAGCAGAGAUCCCAAAGACUCUCACUCAAAUGUUCACACACUUCCUGAUCUUUCAAACCAACCUGAAGAGUCAGAAGUAUGAUGGGAAAUGUGAGGUAGAUCUUCAGCAGGCUAGAAUGAAUCUUCAGUCACUGGGAAAACUGGCUUAUCAACAGCUGGAGAAAGGGAAUCUGAUCUUCUAUGAGGAGGAUCUGAGAGAGUCUGGCAUUGAUGUGAGAGAAGCUUCAGUGUAUUCAGGAGUUUGUACUCAGAUCUUCAGAGAGGAGUCUGGACUUUACCUGGGAAAGGUUUACAGCUUUGUUCAUCUGAGCAUUCAGGAGUUUCUUGCUGCUUUAUUUAAGUUUCUGUUCUCUUUUCAUGACAAAGGAAAUGAAUCAAAAACGACAGAUUUACUGAAGAGUGAAGUGGACAAGGCCUUACAGAGUGAAAAUGGACAUCUGGAUCUUUACCUCCGAUUCCUUCUGGGUCUCUCACUGAAGUCCAAUCAGAUGAUCUUACGAGAUCUGAUGAUACAGACAGGAAGCUCUGACAGCAUACAGGAAGUAGUUGAGUACAUUAAGAUGAAGAUCAGAGAGAAUCCCUCUCCAGAGAAAACCAUCAAUCUGUUUCACUGUCUGAAUGAACUGAAUGAUCAAUCUCUAGUGCAGGAAGUCCAAACAUACCUGAACAGAGGAGAUGAUUUUAGUUUAACUGGAGUCAAAUUCUCUCCUGCUCAGUGGUCAGCUCUUGCGUUUGUGUUGCUGAACUCAGAAGAGGACCUGGAUGAGUUUAUACUGAAGAAAUAUGAUCGAUCAGAUGAAUGUCUUAUGAGACUCCUGCCAGUGAUCAAAGCAUCCAGAAAAGCUGAGCUUUGUUGCUGUGAUAUUGGAGAUGAAGGUUAUGCGGCUUUGGCUGCAGCUCUGAGAUCAAACCCAUCACAUCUGAGAGAACUGGAUCUGAACUAUAAUAAUCCAGGAGAUUCAGGAGUGAAGCUGCUCUCUGAUCUACUGAAGGAUCCACACUGUAAACUACAGAAACUACAUAUUGAAGCUGAAGGUUGUGCUGCUUUGACUGCAGCUCUGAGAUCAAACCCGUCACAUCUGAAAGAACUGGAUCUGAGCGAAAAUAAACCAGGAGAUUCAGGAGUGAAGCUGCUCUCUGAUCUACUGAAGGAUCCACACUGUAAACUAGAGAAACUAUUGCUGUGGAGCUGCAGUAUUGGAGCUGAAGGUUGUGCUGCUUUGGCUUCAGCUCUGAUAUCAAACCCGUCACAUCUGAAAGAACUGAAUCUGAGAAUUAAUAAACCAGGAGAUUCAGGAGUGAAGCUGCUCUCUGAUCUACUGAAGGAUCCACACUGUAAACUAGAGAAACUAGAUCUGUCUUACUGCAGUAUUGGAGAUGAAGGUUGUGCUGCUUUGGCUUCAGCUCUGAUAUCAAACCCGUCACAUCUGAAAGAACUGAAUCUGAGAAUUAAUAAACCAGGAGAUUCAGGAGUGAAGCUGCUCUCUGAUCUACUGAAGGAUCCACACUGUAAACUACAGAAACUACUUCUGUCUUACUGCAGUAUUGGAGAUGAAGGUUGUGCUGCUUUGGCUUCAGCUCUGAGAUCAAACCCGUCACAUCUGAAAGAACUGGAUCUGAGCUUUAAUAAACCAGGAGAUUCAGGAGUGAAGCUGCUCUCUGAUCUACUGAAGGAUCCACACUGUAAACUACAGAAACUAGAUCUGUCUAGCUGCAGUAUUGGAGCUGAAGGUUGUGCUGCUUUGGCUUCAGCUCUGAAAUCAAACCCUUCACAUCUGAGAGAACUGCGUCUGAUCAAUAAUAAUCCAGGAGAUUCAGGAGUGAAGCUGCUCUCUGAUCUACUGAAGGAUCCACACUGUAAACUAGAGAAACUAGAAAUUGAGCCUUAAAGGUAACAAACACAUACAAAAGCUGCAAAUGACAAACCAAACAACUGCCUUCUGUCAUGAAGUAAAGGAGCUGCUUACUGCCCACUACAGGACAAACAGCAGAAAUGACCCAGCAGAGCUCAACAUGAGGGACACAAAAACACAAAUGUGUAUAAAUAACUGCAUUGUAUGUGUUUUAAUAUCGUAAAGUGUACAUAGAUUUUUUUAGAUAUUUAAAAUAUUUGGUGUAUAAAAUAAAUAUUGUAUAAAUA